AUGGCUCAAAAUCAGGAUUUUUCAACGGUAACUCAUGAAGAAUCACGAGAGGAACUUGAAGUCGGUGAAAAUGAAGGUUCAAAUACAACUAUUAAUUUAGAAGAGAAAGUUGAACUUGACGAAUUUAUUGCAAAUCAUGCUGCUGAACACUUGGUAAAUUCUAAAACUACGGUCCAGGAUAAACAAACUAGACUUAUAACUUCCAGCGAAAUCAACAUAACAAAUGAAAUUUUAUCAGAUCAGACUUUAGAAACCACAGUAUCUAAAGAGACAAAAGAUUUUAUUGGCAAUAAUAUCUCUGUUCAUAUGGUUGAAGUCGAAAAAAUCUUGGGUGAUGGCAAAGAUCUCACUACCAAAGAGACGGCUUUUAGUAAAAAUACUAUCACGCCGAUAGGUGACGUCCACUUAACUCAGUUCGACGAUAAUGAUGAUGAAUUAAUUGAUAGACAAUAUGAUUUCAUGAGAACUGAGGAAAAGAAGUCUCAUGAUAGCGAAGAAUACAUUGAUAAUCCACGUGAUUCUGUAAAGAAUGAGGAAAAUGUAUCUCUUGAUGACGAAGACAUUUAUAAUUCACAUGAAAAUAUUCCACAUAAUUCUACAAAGAAUGAAGAAAAAGCAUCUCUUGAUAAAGAUAUUGAUAUCCUACAUGAUUCCAUGAAGACCGAGGGAAAUGUAUCUCUUGAUGAUAAAGAGGACGUUUAUAGUCUACAUGAUAAUAUUCCACAUGCUUCUAUAAAGAAUGGGGAAAAGGUAUCCUUUGAUAUUCCACAUGAUUUAAUAAAGAUCGAGGAAAAAGUAUCUCUUGAUUAUGAAGUGGAAAUUUAUAGUCCACAUAACAAUAUUUCACACGAUUCCAUAAAAAAUGUGGAAGAUGUAUCUCUUGAUGAAGAUAUUGAUAGUCCACAUGAUUCCGUUAAGACCAAGGAAAAGUUAUCUCUUGAAGGUGAAAGCGAUGAUGGUCCAUAUUAUUCUGCAAAGAUCGAUGAAAAGGUAUCCCUUGACAAUGAUGAUGUUGAAUCGUCAGCUCCAUCUACGCCACAAGGCGAAGAAAAUAUAUUAGCAACCAUUUCUAAGGUAGCACCAGAGUUGAAACAAGUUUUAGAUACUUGGAACGGUGAAUUAAGUAGAUAUAAAAACUCAAAAGAUCGCACCGAUACAUUGGGCAAAGAUACUGACUCGGAUAAAUUAUUACAAGGCCAAAUAACAUACGUAAAAGAGGAUGUUAUCGAAGAAGAGAAAAAACACGACGUAAGAGAUGAAGAUAAUUUUAUAUCAGACGUACAAAGCUUAUCGUCCAAACGGACCAAGGAUGUCUUGGAUAAAGACCUUGAUUCGGAUAAAUUCUUGCAAGGAGAAACCGUGUACGUAAAAGAGAAUGUUAUCGAAGAGGAAAGACGCAACAUGAAAGAUAAAGAUGAUUUUAUGUCAGAUAUACAAAGCUCUCCAUAUAAAAGAAUCAAAAACGUCUUGGGCAAGAAUUCCGAUUUAGAUAAAUUAUCGCAAGAUGCAAUCACAUACGUAAAAAAGGAUAUUAUUGAAGAAGAUAAACACAACGUAAAAUAUGGAGAGAACUUUAUAUCAUCAGACCUACAAAGCUCACCAUCUAAGCGAAUCAAAAUUGAAGUUAACUUGAACGAAAAAUCAGAUGAUAAUGUUUCAAAUGCUCAAAGUCUCCUUCAACCCACGUCAAGUACACCAUCAUCCGUCUUUUUAGAUGUCGUUGAGUCUAUGUUUGUUCCAGGAUUUAACAGAAAUGUUGUAUUGGCCAUAGACCUCGUUUUUCUGAUGUUGCUUAUGAUUGAAGGUGUACUUGCAGUAAUGACUGAUUAUAAUGUUUAUGUACUUGUUCACAUGGGAAUCACCUUGGCACUAUUUAUUGCUUUACAAUUGUUUCUUGCUGAAGCUUAUCGUGCACAAGUAGAAGAGGUUGGCUUAAUUGCCAAAAAAGAGGAGUAG